GAAGCAUCGUGGGUAAUAUUUCAAGAUGGCGGCCUCCAUGGACACAUGCUACAUCAGUUGUUCCUGCAAUCGAGUUCCACAUUGUGUGCACUGGGGCGCUAAUGGACUCGUGGCUUUUGGUACAUUUAAUUAUGUAGCACUGUACGAAACAGAGUCAUCAGAUUCAGCUGGGAAAAUUUGUGGUCUACUCAGCAGUCACAAAGGCAAAGUCAACUGCGUCAAGUGGAUAGAGUGUCCCUUCCUGGAGCAGAGAGGACAGCUGGCCCUGACAGAGCUGGUCUCUGGAUCCCAAGAUGGUGCUCUCAUCGUGUGGAGAGGGACUGACAGUCAGCACCAGCAACAUGCUAAACUCACUGGUCACACUGGAGCCGUAACAGCAUUAGAGGCCGUCUACCUCCCAGACCAAAGCGGCCAGCUCUCCCUAGACUCACCCACGCUCGUUGCCAGCGCAUCUGGCGAUUCAACCGUGAAACUCUGGCGGAGGGCUGAAAUCAGUGGCGAUUUUGCCUGCCAGCAGAGCAUAACAUUCGGCAGUGGGUUUGCAUUGGACAUUGCACUGUACAUUCUCCCCGGCACAAGGGUGCCGUUGUUGGUCCUGGGAGGCGACGACACAAAACUUCAUUUUUACCAGGAAGCAGACGGCCAAUUUACAAGAUGCCUGUCACUGACUGGCCAUGAGGACUGGAUCAGAGGAGUAGAAGUAACAGCUGAUGAUACUGGGGAUCUCCUUGUGGCUAGCUGCUCCCAGGAUUGCUUCAUUCGGCUCUGGCGAGUCCAAGCCGAGCCGGGCAAGGACGACGUGGUUGAAGCGAGCGAGGGGGAGCUGAGACUGAAGGGAAAUAAAUUCCACGCAGCUUGGGAAGGUGGUGAGGCUCAUUAUUCUGUGGUGCUAGAGAGCGUGCUGGCCGGUCAUGAACAGUGGGUCUACGGGUUACAUUGGCAACCGUCAACUUACAGAGAUGGGAGGAGACACCAGGAGCCCCGCCUACUCUCCGCCUCCAUGGACAAGACCAUGAUCAUAUGGAAGCUGGACAGCGAAUCAGGGGUGUGGCUGGAUCAUGUUAGGGUAGGUGAGGUGGGCGGUAACACCUUGGGCCUGUACGGCUGCCAGUUCAGUCCUGACGGGAACGCAAUCUUAGCUCACGGCUACCAAGGAGCGUUUCAUCUGUGGGCGAGGGACACUUCCAAUCCCGAUAGAACGAGUGACCAGUGGUCACCAAUGCCGGUGGUCAGCGGUCACUACGCCGGUGUGCAGGACAUAGUCUGGGAUCCCCAGGGUGGGGAAUUCCUGAUGAGCGUGGGUUCGGACCAGACGACACGACUACACGCCCCCUGGCGACGACCAGGCUACAAGACCACGUGGCAUGAGAUCGCUCGACCCCAGGUCCACGGCUACGACAUGCAGUGCCUGGCAAUGGUCGACAGAUUCCGUCUGGCCUCGGGAGCUGACGAAAAGGUCUUGCGAGUGUUUGAGGCCCCAAGAAACUUCAUUGCGAACUUUGGCAGGAUAUCGAGUAUUGACGUCAGACAGGAUCUUGAGGACAGGAAGAAAAGUGAUAUUCCUGAAGGAGCGAGCGUCCCAGCCUUGGGUUUGUCCAACAAAGCGGUGUUCCAGGGAGGCGCGGGGAUGCCGACUUCGGACCGCGAGAUCUCGCACCCGAGCGAGAUGUACCCCGAGAUUUACUUCAACCCGCUAGAACUGGCAGGUCCGCCCACAGAGGAACACCUACUCCAGAACACCCUAUGGCCAGAGACGCAGAAGCUGUACGGUCACAGUUAUGAGAUCUUUAGCAUUGCUAGUCAUCCUAACGGGAGCGUCUUGGCGUCAGCCUGCAAGGCAUCCAAGCCCGAGUACGCGACCAUAAUCCUCUGGGACACGGCGUCUUGGCGUCAGUUGAGCCAGCUCUCCGCCCACUCCCUGACCGUGACCCUGCUAGCGUUCUCCCACGACGGCCAGCGUCUUCUGGCAGUCUCCAGAGACAGGACCUGGUCCCUCUUCCAAGAGACAAAAUCCAAAAGUGGUUGUCCCUACACAUUGGAGGCAUGCACAGAUAAGAAAACCUCCGUCCACACGCGCAUCAUCUGGUCAUGUGCCUGGUCACAUGACGACCAGUACUUCGCCACGGCGUCACGGGAUAAAAAAGUCAUUUUUUGGGGUCAAAGGUCGACCAGCCAGGAUGGGGACACAGCAUCACCCACUUGCCUUGGCAACUACCGAGCAUGCUCAGUGCCUUUUGACCUGAAGGAUGCAGUGACGGCAGUAGACUUCGCUCCAGUGUUAAACAGUGUCGAUUCAAGUUACAUUUUAGCUGUUGGGUUGGAGGCAGGAACGAUGGCCGUACUGAAAUGGGACUCGGAGAAACCCAACGACUGGCAGACGUGUUUCCGCUUUCCAACACAACAAUGCCACACCAUGACAGUCAAGAGGCUGCGUUGGAGACCAGAGGUCAAAGGUCACACAUCACAUCUCCAGCUUGCCAGCUGCAGCUCGGACGGCAGCGUACGUAUCCACAGUAUUGAGGGCAACUCGUUAUGACGACAGAGGUCACAUGAUGACCCCAUGGUUACAUCUUCGUCGUUUCUCUCUAGAUAAUGUUUUAGAUAGUGACAUGUUUUUGUGAGGGGUUUGUGCAUAAAUAGUACAUGGUGCUUACUGAAUCAAAUGCCUAUAAGUGGAAUUGGAAUGUGUUUUACGGUCCCUUAGGCAUUUGAAAGCAAGUUUCAAGGAAUUCCAUUUUUUGCUCAAAAUGAAAAAAAAUGCAAGGGGUUAGUCUUACAUUUUUAUCAAAAUUCGGCCAAAAAUUGAUU